AUGGGAGAAGCGAAUGAAAGCCUAUGCAAUGCCGUCGUAUUUGCCACCGGAUAUCAGAUAUCGUAUUCAUUUCUGCCAGAAACGGUGAUAUCCGUCAAGAAAUCGGAUUUCCAUUUAUAUAAAUACAUAUUUCCCACCACCCUGACACACCCACAUACCCUGGCAUUCAUUGGCAUGAUAGUACCCACGGGUGCUGUGCUACCCAUAGCUGAGCUCCAGUCGCGUUAUUUCGCGCUAGUAAUGGCUAAUAAGUGCCGACUUGCGACACAAAAACAGAUGAUCCGGGAUAUUAAGCGAUGA